AUGGGCAAAUCGGACUGCACGGGACGAUUCUGCACAGGAACUAACGAACUCCACAGGCUCAGAACAACCACCCUCACAAACUCCUCACAACUCCCCAGCCAUACUGUAAAGUCCCAUCUGUCAGCUAACUCUAUGAUCUCUAAAGUGGUCCAGACUAAUAAUUUAUGGCCAAUCAGUGUAAACUUCGUACUAACUAACGGCUUGAUCUAGUGUCAACAUUAUACCUUCUUGAUAUUCUAUAUCAACGGAAAGCGAUGGAAGGCACAUAAUAAUCCAAUGAGUAAAACAAAAUAUACCAUGUUCUAUUCUCAAUAUCCCUACUGCCCCAAAGGUGUGUAGGCAGGGCAAGGAGAACACCGAUUCAACCCCGAAGAAGAGGAAAAAGAAGAGGCACAAUAGAAGGGGGACCCAGGUUGAACUAGGCAUGCGGGAGGAUAUCCCAUGA